AUGGGUCCUGCUGUAUUGCUGGCCCUCCUGUGCUUGGGAGUGUCUGAAGCUACUCAAUCAUCUGAUCCCAGUUUGGAUUCUGAAUGGCAGGAGUGGAAGAUAAAAUAUGACAAAAACUACAGCCUGGAGGAAGAAGGGCAGAAGAGAGCAGUAUGGGAAGAAAACAUGAAACUGGUCAAACAACAUAAUAUUGAAUAUUAUCAGGGAAAGAAUAACUUCACUAUGCAGGUCAACGCUUUUGGUGACAUGACUGAUGAUGAAUACAGGAAAAUGUUGACUGCUAUUCCAGUCCAGAAUCUUAGGAAGAAGAGAAAUGUCCACCAGCCUAUUGUUGGUCAUCUACCCAAAUUUGUGGACUGGAGAAGAAGAGGCUAUGUGACUUCUGUGAAGGAUCAGGGCAUAUGUAAUUCUUGCUGGGCUUUUUCUGUGGCUGGUGCUAUUGAAGGACAAAUGUUCCGGAAAACAGGAAGACUAGUAUCACUGAGUCCACAAAACUUAGUGGACUGUUCAAGACCUGAAGGGAAUUAUGGCUGUCGUAUGGGCAGUACAUUCCUUGCUUUAAAGUAUGUGUGGAGAAAUGGAGGUCUAGAGGCUGAGUCAACCUAUCCAUAUGAAGGAAGGGAUGGACACUGCCGGUACCUGCCUGAACGUUCUGCUGCUAGAGUCACAGGUUUUUCGUUUGUCUCAAGUACUGAGGAAGCUUUAAUGCAUGCUGUAGCAACAAUAGGGCCGAUUUCUGUUGGUAUUGAUGCUUCACAUAAAUCUUUCAAGUUUUAUAGGGAAGGUAUUUAUUAUGAACCAAAGUGCAGCAGUAAUACUAUCAACCAUUCUGUUCUGGUAGUUGGCUAUGGCUAUGAAGGAAGAGAGUCAGAUGGAAGGAAAUAUUGGCUCAUAAAGAACAGUCAUGGAAAACAAUGGGGCAUGAAUGGCUACAUGAAGCUUGCAAGAGGCUGGAACAACCACUGUGGAAUUGUUAAAUAUGCUAUUUACCCCAGAGUGUAA